CCGGGCGGGACGGCGCUCCUGGCGGCCGCGCACCGAGCGCACCGCGCGCCGAGCUCCGGGGCCAUGGACGAAGCGCGGCCGCUGUGGGCCACCCCGCUGCAGUUCGUGUUCGCCUGCAUCUCGUACGCCGUGGGCCUGGGCAACGUGUGGCGCUUCCCCUACCUGUGCCAGAUGUACGGCGGAGGUAGUUUCCUGGUGCCCUACAUCAUCAUGCUCACCGUGGAGGGCAUGCCGCUCCUGUACCUGGAACUGGCAGUGGGGCAGCGCAUGCGCCAGGGCAGCAUCGGCGCCUGGAGGACCAUCAACCCCUACCUCAGUGGCGUUGGCGUGGCCAGUGUGGUGGUGUCCUUCUUCCUCUCCAUGUACUACAAUGUCAUCAACGCCUGGGCCUUCUGGUACCUCUUCCACUCCUUCCAGGAUCCCCUGCCGUGGUCCGUGUGCCCACUGAAUGGCAACCGUACGGGCUAUGAUGAGGAGUGUGAGAAGGCUUCCUCAACGCAGUACUUCUGGUACCGGAAAACCCUCAACAUCUCGCCGUCCAUCCAGGAGAGCGGGGCGGUGCAGUGGGAGCCGGCGCUGUGCCUCAUCCUGGCCUGGCUCCUGGUGUACUUGUGUAUCCUGCGGGGCACGGAGUCCACAGGCAAGGUGGUGUACUUCACUGCGUUGCUGCCCUACUGCGUGCUCAUCGUCUACCUGGUCAGGGGCCUCACGCUCCACGGAGCCACCAACGGCCUGGCAUACAUGUUCACUCCCAAGUCUGGGAUUCCCACCCGGGGUUCUCCAGCCUUGUCCCUGCUGGCUUUCCAGAUGGAGCAGCUGGCCAACCCGAAGGCCUGGAUCAACGCAGCCACCCAGAUCUUCUUCUCGCUUGGCUUGGGGUUCGGCAGCCUCAUCGCCUUCGCCAGCUACAACGAGCCCUCCAACAACUGCCAGAAGCACGCCGUCAUCGUGUCCAUCAUCAACAGUUCCACCUCCAUCUUUGCCAGCGUCGUCACCUUCUCCAUCUAUGGCUUCAAGGCCACCUUCAACUACGAAAGCUGCUUGAACAAGGUGAUUCUGCUGCUGACCAAUUCUUUCGACCUUGAAGAUGGCUUUUUGACAGUCAGCAACCUGGAGGAGGUGAAGAGUUACCUGGCGUCUGCCUACCCCAGCAAGUACAGCGAGGUGUUCCCACAGAUUAAAAACUGCAGCUUGGAAUCGGAGCUGGAAACGGCCGUCCAGGGCACCGGCCUGGCCUUCAUCGUCUACACAGAGGCCAUUAAAAACAUGGAGGUGUCCCAGCUGUGGUCGGUGCUCUACUUCUUCAUGCUGCUGAUGCUGGGCAUUGGAAGCAUGCUGGGGAACACGGCCGCCAUCCUCACCCCUCUGACCGACAGCAAGGUCAUCUCCAGCUACCUGCCCAAGGAGGCAAUCUCAGGUCUGGUGUGCCUCGUCAGCUGUGCCAUCGGCUUGGUGUUCACCAUGGAGGCCGGCAACUACUGGUUCGACAUCUUCAAUGACUACGCCGCCACGCUGCCCCUGCUGCUCAUUGUCCUGGUGGAGGUGGCCGCCGUGUGCUACCUGUACGGACUGAGGAGAUUCGAAAGCGACCUUAAGGCUAUGACUGGACACGCUCUGAACUGGUACUGGAAGGCCAUGUGGGGCGGUGUGAGCCCGCUGCUCAUCAUCAGCCUCUUUGUCUUCUACCUGAGUGACUACAUCAUCACAGGGACCCUGCAGUACCAAGCCUGGGACGCCUCCCAGGGCCAGCUUGUGACGAAGGACUACCCCUCGUAUGCACUGGCCAUCAUUGGGCUGCUCGUGGCCUCCUCUACCAUGUGCAUCCCCCUGGGGGCCCUGGGGACUUUCAUCGUGCGCCACCUCAAGCGGAGAGACACAGCCUCCGUGGCCUGAGAGCUGGGCUUCCCCGAGACUGCCGUCAGCCGCUAUCUUACAGCCACUUACGUACAGAUGGAGCCGCCUCGGCUGCUUUUGGAAAUAUUGACUCCGGAAGCACUCAGCCCAUCGUCUUCUCGAGUCUAGAAAGGAUUAGGAAGGUGAAAAGAAAGACUACUCCCUCAGCAGGACACACACCCCACCCGCCAUCCCCAGAGUCACACACGGUGCUUCCUCCCUGUCACCACGGAGGCAGAAUUCUCACAGCCAGUCUUGAAGACAACUGCUCGACUCUAGCAAAGUCCUAGAAGUAGGGCACACCGGGAGCUGAAAUUUGACUACUGUUUUUAUGGGAUAAAAUUUAAGGAAUGUUUUCUGGUGAGAUCCCAACAUACUAGCGGGCAUUCAUUUUUAGAGAAUUUUGAAAAGGAGUUUUUUAACUAAGAUGACUAAUCUGAAUGUCAUCAAUGCAAAAUUAAUUAGUUCUUUUUUUAGUCACGGUGAACCUGCAAUCACUGUGUUCUCCUUCGCUAAUAGGAUUGACUGGCCAUAAAGAAAGAAGGCCUUUGUUUGGAGCUCACAAAAGGAGUCACUUUUCCCUAAUCUGAGGCCUCUCAGUGGGUCCAAGACCAGUCCUCUCUACGAACAACCCCAAACCACCUUCGGCCCUGGUGUCUCACGACACUGAAAAGCUGCCAGAGCCUCUAUGAGGAUGAAAGUGAAGCUAACUUUCCCAUAGACCUAAGGUUAUAUUUGGACAUGAUGACCAACUCUUUACAGGAAAGACCAUAACCUAGUUUUAAAUUAUCUGUACAUAAGUUUUCUAAAAUGUAUAGAAAGACGGCUCUCAAACAGAACACCCAGUAAGUGAAGACACCAUAUUUAUGAUACAGCAUUAGUCUACCUUGUGAACGUCUCCUGUCGUUUAACUGCAAUAAGUAGGUCAGGGUUAUCCCGGAAGUGAGGAGGUCCCUUACUGCUCUAACACUCCUCAAUUCCAUGCUCUCAGUGAAGCACACAGUUUCUUUGAGUAGAUUUGUACAGACAUCUUUAAAGACACUUACACAUUCACCUGGAACAUCAGAUGUUCUAGAGAUGGCUUUUCUUUUUCAUGCCAUAAACUUCCCUAUAACAAGAAAUAGGCAUUAGAAAGGUCUUAGGCAGUCUUGAACCUCCAGCUUCACCUGAUGCCCAUAAAAAGACCACUUGGUGGUGUUAGGCAAGCUGGAGAGCCGCAUGUAAGUCAAUGAAGUUAGAACACACCCCCACCCCAUAUACAAAAAUAAACUCAAAAUGGCUUAAAGACUUAAAUAUAAGACAAGACACCGUAAGACUCCUAGAAGAGAACAUAGGUAAAGCAUUCUCUGACAUACAUAAAUCGUGCCAAUGUUUUCUUAGCUCACUCUCCCGAGAGAACAGAGAUAAAAACAAACAAAUGGGACCUAAACAAACUUAAGCUGUUACACAGCAAAAAAAACCCAUAAACACAACAAAAAGACAACCUAUGGACUGGAAGAAAAUACUUGCAAAUGAUGUUACCAACAAGGGCUUAAUUUCCAAAAUAUACAAACAGGUCAACAACAAAAAAUAACCCAAUCCAAAAAUGGGCAGAAGGCCUAAAUAGACAUUUCUGCAAAGACAACAUACAGAUGGCCAACAUGCACAUGAAAAGAUGCUCAACAUCACUAAUAGAGAAAUGCAAAUCAAAACUACAAAUCAAAAUGUCACACACCAGUCAGAAUGACCAUCAUUAAAAAGUCUACAAAUAGGGCUUCCCCGGUGGCGCAGUGGUUAAGAAUCCACCUGCCAAUGCAGGGGACAUGGGUUCGAGCCCUGGUCCGGGAAGAUCCCACAUGCUGCGGAGCAACUAAGCCUGUGUGUCACAACUACUGAGCCUGCGCUCUAGAGCCCGUGAGCCACAACUACUGAAGCCCGCGUGCCUAGAGCCUGUGCUCCGCAACGAGAGAAGCCACUGCAAUGAGAAGUCCGCACACCGCAACAAAGAGUAGCCCCUGCCAAAUAAACAAAUAAAAAUUAAAAAAAAAUAAGUCUACAAAUAACAAAUGCUGGAGAAGGUGUGGAGAAAGCAGAACCAUCCUACACUGUUGGUGGGAAUGUAAACUGGUGCAGCUACUAUGGAAAACAGUAUGGAGGUUCCUCAAAAAACUAAAAAUAGAGUUGCCAUAUGAUCCAGCAAUCCCAAUCCUUGGCAUAUAUCCAGACAAAACUAUAAUUCAGAAAGAUACAGGCACCCCUGUGUUUACAGCAGCACUAUUUACAAUAGCCAAGACAUGGAAGCAACCUAAAUGUCCAUCAACAGAUGAAUGGAUAAAGAUGUGGUACAUAUAUACAAUGGAAUAUUACUGAGCCAUAAAAAAGAACGAAAUCAUGCCAUUUGCGGCAACAUGGAUGGACCUAGAGAUGAUCAUACUAAGUACGUCAGAAAGAGAAAGACAAAUACCAUAUGAUAUCACUUAUAUGUGGAAUCUAAAAUAUGAUACAAAUGAACUUAUCUAUGAAACAGACUCACACAGAACAGACGUGUGGUUUGCCAAGGAGGAGGGAGCGUGGGGGAAGGAUGGAUUGGGAGGCUGGGAUUGGCAGAUGCCAACUAUUAUAUAUAGAAUGGGUAAACAACAAGGUCCUACUCUAGCACGGGGAACUAUAUCCAGUAUUCUGUGAUAAACCAUAAUGGAAAAGAAAAAAAAAUCACUUGGCUUUAAAAUGCAUGAACCAGCAUUUACUUACCACAACUAGUCAGUCCUCUGAUUUCUCAUCAGAGGGUUCUUCGGUGUCACAAAACCUCGGCUAUCAAGGCUUGGAGAGUGAGCACACUCAACAACAAAUACACAGCACAGAGUCUGUUCCUGAAUCCUUACGGGUCACAGUCUCCGAGCCCCCAGCCCAGGUCACUGUCUUACAACAGGGGCCGCCCCUCGGGGGUUGGUUAUCACCUGGGUAUUUCAGCCCUGAAUGCUAGGUAUCCUCAGGAGUGUAGACACAAAUGUUGUUCUAGAGCAGGUCUUCAUUCACAGUUGCUGUACUUCAGUGGUCCUCCACCUCAGUGUCCAUUCAAACCACCCGGGAGCAUUUAAAACUCCUGGUGUCCAGGCCACGCCCUGGAACCUGCCAAAUCUGAGAACCAGGGCCCUGUUUAAGAGAGAAGGAAAAUGUGUCAUACAUUUAGGCACACUUACAUCGAAAGUGACCUUUAAAAGUUUGAAAGCACUUUUGAGCAUUUCUAAUUGUAUGGAAAAGUUACUUCUCCAGAAUAAUAUUUGCUCACAGAAGUCAAACAGAUGAAGUCCCAUUAUUAUAGACUAAUGUGCUCCAGAUGAAAAUGUCUCCAGCUUGGGUUCAGUUUUAUUCUGCUUUCUGAGAACUGCAUGAAGAGCAGAACAUUUCAUAGUAAUCCUCAGUUCUGUUUCAAAAAAUUCUUUGAAUUCUUUGACUAUUUUCUAGGGACUGCACAAAAGCAGUCAUCUUAACAUUUGUCCACCCUCUUCCAAUAAGCUGGAGAGAAAAAGGCACGUUUCAUCCCUGUGCCCUUAGCAGUACAAUGACAUUAGAGCCAGACACGGACUCCAGAAAGCUUUCUGAUUAUACUAAAAACACACCUACUCUUAGUUCUAAAGAAUCAGGUAGGGAAAUAUUAGGGGGUUUUUUAGCAAUUGUCAUAAAUAAAACCCUAAACAAAUAUAUCUCUAGGUCUUUUUGGUCACUUAUGAGAUGUAGUUUUGUUUUGA